AUGUGGUGGAUGCUGUUUCCUCGCUGGAUCUGGUUCGUCUCAGGACAGUUUUUGCUGCUAUUUGUGGACAGGCAAUGCGUGAAAGGCAUGACUUUGCAAAGAGUUGCUUAUUCCCACGCAGGGAUCUGUCCAAAUGACAUGAACCCAAACUUGUGGGUUGAUGCAAUGAGCACCUGCACAAGAGAAUGUGAAUCUGAUCAGGAAUGUGAAACGUUCGAAAAGUGCUGUGCCAAUGUUUGCGGCAAUCGCAGCUGUGUGGCGGCCCGCUACAUCGACGCUACGGGCAAGAAAGGGCCCAUGGGCAUGCCAAAGGAGGCGUCCUGUGACAAGUUUAUGUGCACUCAGCAGGGCUCCGAGUGUGAAAUCUGGGACGGCCAGCCUGUGUGCAAGUGCCGCGACCGCUGCGAGAGAGAGCCCUACUUCACCUGCGCCUCGGACGGGAUGACCUACUAUAACAAGUGCUACAUGGAUGCAGAAGCAUGCUCAAAGGGCAUCUCCUUAUCGGUGGUGGCGUGCCGCUUCCACCUCACCUGGCCAAACACUAGUCCUCUCCCGGCGGGCACUACCGCAUUACCCACCACCACGCUGCAGCGCACCACUCCUGAAGAUGUGCACGCUCCUGUGAUGGUGAACAGCCCAUCUCCGCAAUCCGUGUUUGUUGGCGACACGGCCAGCUUCCUUUGUGAAGUUGCUGGCCGACCAAAGCCCGAGAUAACCUGGGAGAAGCAGAUGGACAGGCAAGGAAACGUAAUCUUGAAACCCAACCACGUGCAUGGGAAUGUUGUGGUCACCAACAUCGGCCAGCUGGUUAUCUACAACGCUCAAUUGCAUGAUGCCGGUGUCUAUACAUGCGCGGCCACAAAUGCUGGCGGAUCCAUCCGAGCACAUUUUCCACUGUCCGUACUUGAGCAAGAGCCAGUCACAAAGUCGAACUCAACACGUUUCCCGGCAGAGGAGUGCUUUAAGGUGCCUGAUAGUGAAGAUUGUGGGGAGGAAAAGCUGAGUUGGUUUUACGACCCCCAGAGGAACAACUGCUACACCUUUAACUACGGCAACUGCAGCAAAAACCGCAAUCGCUUUGACGCUUAUGAGACCUGCGUGUCGUCCUGUCAGGAUGAACUCGCCUCUCCUUGUAACCUUCCCAUCUACCAGGGACCUUGCAAGGCGUAUGAACCUCGCUGGGCCUACAGCGGCUCCCAGCACCGGUGCCAACUGUUCGUAUAUGGCGGCUGCAAAGGCAACGAGAACAACUUCAAAACCAAAGAAUCAUGCGAGGACACCUGCCCGUUCUUGAGGAGCCAUCGCUGCAAGCUGUGCAAGCCACGGCACAAGAUGGUGACCAGCUUCUGCAAAAGUGAUUUCGUGAUUCUGGGACGCAUGACGGAGCUGACCGAGGACCAAGACUCGGGUCACGCUCUGAUCACUGUGGAGGAGAUCCUGAAGGAUGAGAAAAUGUGUGAAACGUUCGAAAAGUGCUGUGCCAAUGUUUGCGGCAAUCGCAGCUGUGUGGCGGCCCGCUACAUCGACGCUACGGGCAAGAAAGGGCCCAUGGGCAUGCCAAAGGAGGCGUCCUGUGACAAGUUUAUGUGCACUCAGCAGGGCUCCGAGUGUGAAAUCUGGGACGGCCAGCCUGUGUGCAAGUGCCGCGACCGCUGCGAGAGAGAGCCAUACUUCACCUGCGCCUCGGACGGGAUGACCUACUAUAACAAGUGCUACAUGGAUGCAGAAGCAUGCUCAAAGGGCAUCUCCUUAUCGGUGGUGGCGUGCCGCUUCCACCUCACCUGGCCAAACACUAGUCCUCUCCCGGCGGGCACUACCGCAUUACCCACCACCACGCUGCAGCGCACCACUCCUGAAGAUGUGCACGCUCCUGUGAUGGUGAACAGCCCAUCUCCGCAAUCCGUGUUUGUUGGCGACACGGCCAGCUUCCUUUGUGAAGUUGCUGGCCGACCAAAGCCCGAGAUAACCUGGGAGAAGCAGAUGGACAGGCAAGGAAACGUAAUCUUGAAACCCAACCACGUGCAUGGGAAUGUUGUGGUCACCAACAUCGGCCAGCUGGUUAUCUACAACGCUCAAUUGCAUGAUGCCGGUGUCUAUACAUGCGCGGCCACAAAUGCUGGCGGAUCCAUCCGAGCACAUUUUCCACUGUCCGUACUUGAGCAAGAGCCAGUCACAAAGUCGAACUCAACACGUUUCCCGGCAGAGGAGUGCUUUAAGGUGCCUGAUAGUGAAGAUUGUGGGGAGGAAAAGCUGAGUUGGUUUUACGACCCCCAGAGGAACAACUGCUACACCUUUAACUACGGCAACUGCAGCAAAAACCGCAAUCGCUUUGACGCUUAUGAGACCUGCGUGUCGUCCUGUCAGGAUGAACUCGCCUCUCCUUGUAACCUUCCCAUCUACCAGGGACCUUGCAAGGCGUAUGAACCUCGCUGGGCCUACAGCGGCUCCCAGCACCGGUGCCAACUGUUCGUAUAUGGCGGCUGCAAAGGCAACGAGAACAACUUCAAAACCAAAGAAUCAUGCGAGGACACCUGCCCGUUCUUGAGGAGCCAUCGCUGCAAGCUGUGCAAGCCACGGCACAAGAUGGUGACCAGCUUCUGCAAAAGUGAUUUCGUGAUUCUGGGACGCAUGACGGAGCUGACCGAGGACCAAGACUCGGGUCACGCUCUGAUCACUGUGGAGGAGAUCCUGAAGGAUGAGAAAAUGGGGCUGAAAUUUUUGAGGAAUGAGCCCUUAGAGGUGACGUUGCAGAACAUGGACUGGGCCUGUCCGUGUCCGAACGUCACCUCCUCCGAUGGCCAGAUCAUCAUCAUGGGGGACGUCAACAACGGUAUGGCCAUCCUGCAGCCCGACAGCUUCAUCGUCCUUUCCAGCACCCGGCGCGUCCGUAAGCUCCGUGAGGUCAUCAACAAAAAGACCUGUGACAUUUUGAAAGAGUUCAUCCAGUAG